AUGGAAAAGGUUGUAAAAUUCUUCAGAGAUAUUGAUGAUUGUUUUCGGAAGAAAAAGAGAACACGAAGUGUUUUCUAUCGAUGCUCGUAUGACACUGCAAUUAUUGUAAAGCAAUUGUUUAGUAAGAAUCAAGAAUUGUUCAAGAGUAUAAUGAAGAAGACGAGAGGAGAGGUUUUGUAUUUAUCAUCAUUGGAUAAGGAAAUAGAAGUUUUGGAGGUGGCAGUUGAAUGUUCUAUUAGAAAGUUAGCCAUUCUUGGAUUUGGGGAUGAUGUACUAAGGGAUAAUGGGGAUUUUGUAAAGAAAUGUGUUAAAUUGAAUGGAUUAAACUUGAGAGAUGCUUCACAUAGAUUACAGAGUGAUUAUAAAAUAGCCUUGGCAGCUGUCAAACAAAACGGAAAAUCCCUCAAAUACGUCAAUUCAAGCAUUCUAACUAAGGAUCUCGUAAAAACAGCCCUUAUACAAAAUCCAAAGAGCAUUGUAUUUGUGAGGAAUUAUGUAUACAACAACAUGAGAGAUGACUUUGGAAUUGUAAACCUUAUUCAAAGAUUUUUAACUGCUCAACAUGUUUGCAGAACAAGGAGUUGGAGUAGAAGUUUUAUGUAUGAAAGAAUAUUUGCUGGGAGAAUGGUUUUCAGAAGGAAAUAUUCAAUUUCAUAUGAGGAAACGAAUAAGCAAGAGAUUAAACUUUGGGGUGAACCGGUUUCGAAUAUCAACGGACUACUUUCUUUCAUUGAAAAAUACGAAAACUUUAUGAAUCCAAAGCCAAGAGUGGUCUGUGAAGAAACUGAAGUAGAAUAUGAUGAAUUGGGUGAAUUGAACUUGUUUUGUGAGUGA